CAUUUCUUCGCUAAAGUUAGAAGCGUAAAGUGUUAUUGGAUUUUACUCUGUCGAAUAGUUUUUCAUUACAACAUUGUUUUUGUACAGCCGAAUACGUUUUAUAUGCCUAUAUAUACAUAUACAAAUUUAUACAUUUAAUGUGUAUACAUUGCGUAUAUCCUGUAUAUAUAUACAUAUAUUAAAACGUGUACAUAACCAAGUCAGCAUUCGGUAGGUAUAAAAUGCCGCAUCUGUUUGUAAUUUGAUAUCUUAUACCACUUAACUUUGGUCUGUGUACUGCGUGUACAAAAAAACUUGGUUUAGACCUGCCUUAUUCUUUAAGCGUAAUCAACGUAGCAUGAAUUAUUCGUUCGGACGGUGGAACGAAAAAAAUCAAACGAGUAACCGCAUUGUUACGGUUCGAGCCGUCGCUACAAUUACGCCUCUCCAUCACGCAACUGCAAUAUUUGCAUUUUGCAGACUAUUUCGUAAUAUAUUAUAGUAGGAAAAAAAAUUAAGUAAGAAGUAAGUGUGUUACAUUACUUUAAUUUAAAAUUAUCGACGGAUAUAUACAAUAUAUAUAUAUAUAUAUAUAUAUAGGUAUAUACUGUGUAUUAUAUAUCUAUAUAUCUAUAUAUAUAUUAGUAUAUAUAUUAAUUUAUAUAUGUAUAUAUAGACAUAGAUAGAUAGAUAUAUAGAUGCUGCUAUACGCAGCGUAUUCAACUCCUACAUCAAACUAAACAAUAUACGGCUUUGAUCGAAAAAAUAUAAAAAAAGAUAGUGAAAGCUUUUGCCCUCAGUACGAAGAGUCUCUCUUCGUCUUUAAUUCAAAAGUGACGCUAAUCAUAAUGAGGUUAAAAAGUGGAAAAAACCGUACUAAUCUACUCUGCACCUGCUUAAAGUGAGAGCAAUUUUAAAAAAAAAAAAUCGACAAAAAAUAUUUAUGGGCAGGAUAGAACGUGAAAAAACGUCGAUUUUUUUUUUAUUAGUUCAUAACAGACGAACAACAACAAGAAAUAAAAUGAAAAAAAAAGACAAAACAAAAAAAUAAGGAAACAAAAGUAUGUCAAUCGAGUUUCGGUCAAAAGUCGAGGCAUCGAAAGUUUAUGGCCGGAUUGUUUAUGGUCGAAUCGUGCCUGAAUAAAGGCUUUGGAUUUAGCGAAAAGGAUUUUGCAGAGGCACGUAGCCGUUGAAGCGAUGAAUUUGCAGUACAAAUAUUGCAGUCGGGUGUUUUUUUUUUCCAGAAUUGCAUUGAUCUAUUCUAUAUAACUAAGGGGUCGGUGGGGAGUAAACAGCGUCUUCGUUUGAUGUACAAAAUGCAAAGAUGUCAAACCCGUGACAAACUAAUCGAUCCUAUGGGACGUCUAGAUAUGAACGAACAUUGAUUUUUCAAGACUCAGUUAGGGUUUUUUUAAUCACCUUAAUUGCGAGUUUCUUCCUCUCGAUCCCGACAUUAAUUAAAUAGACGUAAGGCAACUUGGUCGUUUUUCUAAUGGACCGGAAGUGCUAGCUACACUUUUCCAAAGCAUUCACAUUGUCGCUCCCCAUUUUUUUCUCCUCUAUUUUUGCAGUCGUGCUGAGAUAAUUCGAUAGCCUAGAAUUACUAUAAUUUUCUAUACGAAAGGAUCCGCAGAUGGUUAAAAAUAAGUAAUAUAGAAGACGUCAAUAAAAUAUAUCGACAGCCGGUUGAACUGUUGCGAAUUCUUCCCCUAUUCAUUUACUACCAAUAGAUUAUAUCGGAAUCAUUUUGUUGUUCAAUAGUCUUUGUCGCCUAGCAUAUAUUUGCACGCAAAUGAUAAGUAGCCAUUCCAUUUGCUUUCUCUAGCUUAUCUCUCCGCGACGUCAAUGCUUACCUGACAUAUCUACAAAACGCUGGUAAUAUUUAUUUUAACGAUUAAAUUCAAUAUUGUUAGAUCAAUCCCUUCCGCGAUAUCCUAACGAGACUAGACAUAAUUAAAGAAUGUUGACUCUGUUUCGCCCGUUUGAUCUGCAUACAGUAGAAUAAACAAAUUUAUAAACGUUCGGAUCGAAUGCUGAUUAAACAUUUGUUAUCGAUACGCUGGCAGGUCGAACUUGGAAUUUUCUUUUUUUUUAUUUGAAUAUUAUUUGCUCAAACUCGAUCGAAGUCGUUUUGAAAGGAAUAAAGAGAAAGAGAAAUAAAGGGAAAUGAUCGUAAUUACAUAUUAAUAACUAAAAGGAUAAUAAUAAUAACAAUAAUAAUAAAGUAACCUUUCUCUUUUUUCUCUUUCCUUUCUCUCCCUUCUUCCUUUCUCUCUCUCUCUUUCUUUACUCUUCCGCCACUUCGAAUUAUCUUUUAUUACUUUUUCCUCCUCUUUUCUUUUUACAUCCUUUUUAAAACCUAUAUAUUUACAAGAAAGAAAUCAACUAGAAUGAUUGAUGGUAUAAGAUAUUGAAAGAUACGAGCCGACCGUAAACAUUUACAGUAGGCUCGACGAGUCCUAAAAAGGUCGAACGGAUUCGGUCGGUUCCACUUCUAAUUGCCUCUCUUAUUUUUACAGAUGCUACUGCAAUUUCUGCUUUGCUCGGCGGUCGUUUUGGCUGUCGGUGAGUACUUUCCAUCUUUAUUCGCCCUAGCCCCCUGCUCUCUCUCUCUCUCUCUCACUCGUUCUUGUUCUCUUUCUUUCUUCCCUAAUUCUAUCAUUACCACCAUUCCUUACAGUUACAUAUACUCUUUGAUAAACGUGCGAAAGCACGCAUAGCGUAAUUAUAUUUUUAUACAUUCACUCGCACCUAGGGAAUUGUAAAGAGAGAGAAAAAAACAAGAUAUAAACGUUUAAACCUAUAAAGAGAACAAUGGUUGUUUUAUAAGCCUUUGAAUUAAAUGAAUGUUAUCAUUUAAAUAAGAGUCAGUACAGGUGUAUAUAUAUGUAAAAGGUAAGAAAAAAUAUAAAUAUAGUCGAUUCCUGAGGCCUAUGUAUACAGCAUACCCCGUGUAAUGAAAUAAACGAAACGCGACGCAGGGAUAAUUUCCAGUAAUUACGUUUUCAUGCACUUCAAAGCGUAUAUUAAAAAAAGUCGGUCCGUCGACGUCGCAACGACGCCUAAACAAGCAAAUGAUAGUAAAUUAACGGUGAUUGAUUACGUUAAUGCGUUCGCUUUUAAAAUAUAUGUAAAUCUGCUCAGUCGAGAUCGAUAAUGCACGCGACAUUUUUUUCUCGGCAGUAAGCUAAAUUGUCUUUAAUCACGUGACUCCUUCUGCAAGAUUUACGAUCGUAAAUAUAUAGAACAAACGCUAAGGGGGAAAAUAUUUCCCUUUCGCGCCAAUUGAACCGUUAACGAAGCGGACAAAAGGUUGUGAGAUUAUUUCAAUGCUAAUCCGUUGUUCGCUUAUAUCUCUGGUUUUUCUUUUCCCUUUAUAUAAUUUUCUUUUCAUGUAAGCUAAUAACAAUUCUCUUACUUACUCAGAUCGAAAAGAAGAUUUGAUACCGUGCUGGAAUAACAAGGAAUGUCUGAUCAGUUUAGGUGAAGCCUGCUGGAAAUUGUACGAAGGUUGUGGAAAUGGUUUUUGCAUGUGUCAACCUGGAAAGUACGAGAGAGAUAACGAAAAUAGGUGCAUACCUGUUGUAACAGGUAGAGCAGCGUGCGAUAAUAAAGUAAAAUGUAAGAGCGGAACAAAUAUGAUAUGUAAAGAUGGAAGAUGCAAAUGCCCUAAUGGUUACACUAUGACCGCCGACAAUUUAUAUUGCAAAAGCAAAAACGAGAGGUUGGUGGGAGAAUUUUGCGCCUCAGGCGAUAAGUGUAUAAGUCGACGCCCCGAUAGCGAAGAAUAUAUGGAGAGCAGUUCUAUAUGUAUUCAAGGUGUUUGCCGAUGUCAUACUGGCAUGAAACCAGAUGGUGUAACUUGUACAACAUGGGAUAUCAAUGAAGAAGGUUGCUUGUAUUCGACAAACUGCCACGGGGGAGCCAUCUGCGAUAAAGGACGGUGCAGCUGUUCGAAAGGUUAUUCUCCGUAUGCUGAGAAUACAAAAUGCAUUAGGGAGGGGAGUAAGAGAAGAAUUCCUAUAGAAGGAGAAUGCAACGAGGCCGAAGAAGAGUCGUACUGCCAAUACGAUCUGAAAUGUGUGAAUUGUAUGAACGAUUUAAGACAUACCAGACGUCAUACAUGUGCCCGAUAUGCACAUGACAGAGCUUUUCCAGCAUCAUCGGCAUCCAGUAACGUUCUCUCUUCUCUUCUCGUUUGCGUUCUAUAUUUCAUCGCCAGAUGGCGUUAAGGGAUGAAAGAAAGUGAAUCCUUAAGUUUUUUUUCUUUCGUUAGUUUGUUUUCCUUUUUUUUUCUAUCACAAUUCCCGCUUCAUCUAUUUAAUUCUACCAUUUACCCAAACCAAAAAACUCAUAUACUUAUCAAUUUCCCUAUGUCUUUCCAUCUCCACUUACUGUUAUUCUGUAAAAGCUAUCUCUUUCUCAACUCUUAAGAACUUCAAGGCAAGGUGCUAAAAAAAGAAGAGGCAAACUGUUUUAUAAUGGAAAAAAGCUAUUUGGAAAGAAAAAAAGAAACUAUUAGGAUAUUUGACUACAAUCAACGACAUCUCCUGCAUUUGUAUGAUAUUUAUAUGUUUGUUUUGUUUGUAUGUUUACACAUUUUUCAAAAACAUAAACUGUGCCAUCUGCUGAAAAAAAUAUUAAUGCCAUAAACGUUUGUAGUUUUAUGGUACUUAUAGUAUUCGUAUAGGCUAAAUUGAAACAGGAAAAUUCUCGAAAUAUUUAAUAGAGAAUUCUUAAGUCA